GCAUUGCCCACCCCUUCACCGCCAAGCAGCCCACCGACAUGGCCCGGCGCCAGCACAAGCUUAACAAGCAGCAGCUACAGACCAUAAAAGACCGUUUCCAGGCCUUCAUGAAUGGGGAGACACAGAUUGUUGCUGACGAGGCGUUUUGCAAUGCAAUUCAUAGUUACUAUGAGGUCUUCCUGAAGAGUGAGCGGGUGGCCCGGAUGGUGUGCAGCGGGGGCUGCUCAGUCAGCGACUUCCGUGACGUGUUUAAGAAGAACAUUGAGAAGCGUGUGCGGAGCCUCCCGGAGAUCGAUGGGCUCAGCAAGGAGACGGUGCUCAGCUCCUGGAUGGCCAAGUUCGACGCCAUCUCCCGAGGGGAGGAGGACCUGCGGAACCGGAGCAGUCGCGUCUCCAUGAGCGCUGUGUCCGAGCUGAUCCUCAGCAAAGAGCAGCUUUACGAAAUGUUCCAGCAGGUCCUCGGCAUCAAGAAGAUUGAGCAUCAGCUGCUCUACAAUGCUUGUCAGCUGGACAAUCCCGAUGAACAGGCAGCACAGAUCCGCCGGGAGCUGGAUGGGCGGUUGCAGCUGGCGGAGCACUUGGCCAAAGAGCGGAAGUUCCCGCAGUUUGGGCAGAAGGAAAUGGAAAGCAUGUACAUUGAGGAGCUGAGAUCUUCGGUCAACCUAUUGAUGGCAAAUCUGGAGAGUCUUCCCGUGGCCAAGGGAGGGCCUGAGUGCAAGCUACAGAAGCUCAAGAGAUCUCAGAAUUCUUCCUUCCUGGACCUGGGAGAUGAGAAUGAGAUCCAGCUUUCAAAAUGUGACGUGGUUCUCUCAUUCACAUUGGAGAUUGUGAUAAUGGAAGUGCAGGGCCUGAAGUCAGUGGCUGCCAAUCGCAUUGUGUACUGCACCAUGGAGGUGGAAGGCGGAGAGAAGCUGCAGACUGACCAGGCCGAGGCCUCGAGACCACAGUGGGGCACUCAGGGAGAUUUCACCACCACCCACCCUCGCCCAGUGGUAAAGAUUAAACUCUUCACGGAGAGCACAGGUGUUCUCGCGCUGGAGGAUAAGGAACUGGGGAAGGUGGUCCUCUGCCCCACUCCUAACAGCCCCAAGGCCCCCGACUGGCACAAGAUGGCAGUGCCCAAGAGCAGCCAGGACACUGAGCUGAAAAUCCGACUGGCGGUCAGGAUGGAUAAGCCAGCCAACAUGAAGCACUGUGGCUACCUGUACGCACUGGGGCAGAAAGUCUGGAAGAGAUGGAAAAAGCGAUACUUUGUGCUGGUUCAGGUCAGCCAGUACACGUUUGCCAUGUGCAGCUACAGAGACAAAAAGUCGGAGCCUCAGGAGCUUAUGCAGCUGGAAGGGUACACAGUGGAUUACACAGAGACACAGCCAGGUCUGGAUGGGGGCCGAGCUUUCUUCAACGCGGUGAAAGAGGGAGACACAGUGGUGUUUGCAAGCGACGACGAGCAGGAUCGGGUGCUGUGGGUCCAAGCUAUGUACAGAGCGACUGGCCAGUCGUAUAAGCCCAUCCCACCAUCCCAGGUGCAGAAGCUCAAUGGGAAGGGGAGCAGUGCUCAGCACCCUGACGUCCCUAUUGCUCAGUUCUAUGCUGACCGAACACAGAAACACGGGAUGGAUGAGUUCCUGGCGGCUGACCCCAGCCGCUUUGAUCACGCCGCCCUGUUUGAAAUGCUUCAGAGACGAACCUUGGAGCACCGGCUGAACGACUCCUACUCCUGCCUGGGUUGGUUUAGCCCCGGACAGGUGUUCGUUCUGGAUGAGUAUUGCUCCCGCUAUGGCGUGCGAGGCUGCCAUCGCCAUCUCUGCUACCUCAAGGAGCUGAUCGACCGUGCGGAACGUGGCACAAUGAUUGACCCAACCCUGCUGCACUAUAGCUUCGCGUUCUGCGCCUCGCACGUGCAUGGCAACAGGCCUGAUGGAAUUGGAACGGUCACGGUGGAAGAGAAGGAAAAGUUUGAUGACAUUAAAGACCGUCUUCUGCUUUUGCUCGAAAACCAGAUCAGUCACUUCAGGUACUGCUUUCCCUUUGGACGACCAGAAGGGGCAUUGAAAGCCACCCUUUCACUGCUGGAAAGGGUUCUCAUGAAGGAUAUCUCCACACCUGUGCCCCCUGAGGAUGUGAAGAACAUGGUGAGGAAGUGCCUGGAGAAAGCUGCUUUCAUCAAUUACUCUCACCUCUCCGACUAUGCCAAGAUCGAAGAGACGUUAAGCCAGGGGACGCCUGCCAAGAAACUGGAGGACACGAUGCGCCUGGCGGAGCUUUGCAUCGAGGCUUUUCAGCAGAAUGAAGAGCACCACUCAGAGGGAAGAGAGGCCUUUUCCUGGUGGCCAGAUCUUAUGACUGAACACGCCGAGAUCUUCUGGUCUCUCUUCUCUGUGGACAUGGACAGCACUCUACAAGGACAACCUCUGGACUCUUGGCAGAGCUUCCCUCUCUUUCAGAUUCUCAACAAUUACUUCAGGAACGAAUCCCAUUUAUGUAACGGGAAGUUUCACAAUCACUUGCAAGAGAGUUUUGUCCCCCUGGUGGUGCGUUACAUCGACCUGAUGGAAUCGGCCAUCGCACAGUCUAUCCACAAGGGCUUCGAACAAGAGGCGUGGCACCCAGUCAAGAACCUGACCAAUAACCUUGCUAACAUGAGCCUACCCAAGGUCCCGAGCCUGCCUCUUAACCUGCCGCAAAUGCCUAGCUUUUCCGCCCCCUUGUGGAUGGCCUCUCUAUCUGAUUCCACGAACGGUUCCUCCACCUCAGAGGAUCUUUUCUGGAAGCUGGACGCCUUGCAGAUAUUCGUUUAUGAUCUGCACUGGCCAGAACCCGAAUUCUCCCAGCACCUGGACCAGAGGCUCAAGCUCAUGGCCAGUGACAUGAUCGAGGCCUGUGUAAAAAGGACAAGGGCAGCAUUUGAGUUAAGGCUGCAGAAAAUGAGCAGAUCGACAGACUGGAGAGUUCCGGCAGGUGUCUGCACCAUGUUCAAUGUGCUUAUCGAUGCCAAGAAACAGUGCACCAAACUCUGCCUGCUGAACGGAGCACAAGAGUUUAGUAAGCAAUGGCAGCAGUACCAUUCAAAGGUAGAUGACUUAAUCGAGGAGACCUUCAAAGAGAUGAUUAGCCUCCUCGUCUCAAAGUUUGUCUCAGUGCUGGAAGGCGUAUUAUCCAAACUAUCGAGGUACGAUGAGGGGACCUUCUUUUCCUCGAUCCUCUCCUUCACGGUCAAAGCCGCUGCAAAGUAUGUGGAUGUUCCUCAACCGGGGACGGACCUUGUGGACACUUACAUCACGUUUGUGCGGCAGAACCAGGACAUACUUAGAGACAAAGUGACAGAUGAAAUGUACAUUGAAUCAUUGUUUGAUCAAUGGUACAGCAGCUCAAUGAGAGUCAUCUGCCUCUGGUUGUCAGAUCGAUUGGAUCUACAGCUCCAUCUCCACCAGCUCAAAACGCUCAUCAAGAUUGUGAAGAAAUCUUACCGAGACUUCAGGCUUCAAGGUGUACUGGAAGCAACCCUGAACAGUAAGACCUACGAGACUGUGCACAGCCGGCUGACGGUGGAGGAAGCCACAGCCUCCGUUUCCGAGGGAGCGGGGCUUCAAGGCAUAAGCAUGAAGGACAGUGAUGAGGAGCCUGAGGACGUGAAGUAAUGAGAGGACACGAAGCCCUCACUAUCGAUCAAUCAAUCGAUUCAUCAUCUGCUCGCUCCGGAUUGUAUCUGCCAGUGUUUUGCUCCACUUGGAAGUUUUUUUUUAUUCAAUAAUGGGGAGGGAGGGUGUGUAUUUUAAUGUAGUGAGUGGGGAAGGGAGGUGGUGGGAGGGAGAUUAGGGGGUCUGGCAUUCUACUCGUGACUCACUGUUGUGCCGUGACUGUGCCGUGGACUCCACACAGGUUUAAGACGUGCAAGUUGCAUAAGUGAAUUAAACAGGGGGUACGUCACCCCAACUAGGGCAGGACUUUGCUCCACUAUGCUCUGCAGCCCUCCCAUCUGCUCCCAAUUACAGUCAAUGCAGACUUCUCUUCAAAGCUGAGACCCCUCCUCAACACACAGACCCCUCCUCAACACACAGACCCGUUGUCAACACACCGACCCCUCGUUAACGCUGAGACCCCUUCUCAAUGCUGAGAUCCCUCCUCCCAUUCCCAGCUCUCUCCCCACCAUCCCACCACUCCCUACACCCCCCCUGCCCU